AUGGACUGGACCUAUGUUUCAUUUGAUGAAGCAAGAAGUGUUUUACGUAAAUGGCGAGAGGAACAUGUUCGUAGAUCUCUGGAAACUGUGGAAUUAUGGGAACAUGUUUUAAGUCGACAAUCUCGUUCAUUAGGUGAUGAACUGUGGCUUGUUUACGAACAGGUUUGUAUAGCAGCACUGGACUCAUCCAGAACAGACGUUGUAAUGGAGUGUAUACGUGCUUUACAAGAAAAAUUUCCGCGAAGUAAUCGUGUUUUAAAAUUGCAAGCAAUGCGUCUCGAGGCUCUACAACGGUAUGAUAGUGCAGCUCAUCUUUAUGAACAGCUUAUUGAAUCUGAUCCAACUAAUAUGUCUUAUCGCAAGCGAAGGAUUGCAGUUUUUAAAGCUCAAGGAGAUCGGCAAGGAGCAAUUCGUGAACUAAAUGAAUAUUUGAAAACUUUUAUUUCUGAUACAGAAGCAUGGCUUGAGCUUUCUGAUUUAUAUUUACAAGAGGGUGAUCAUCCACAUGCAGCUCACAGCAUGGAAGAAGUUAUACUAUCUAAUCCACAUAAUAGUUUAUAUUUGCGACGGUUGGCAGAAAUACGUUAUACCCAAGGUGGUAUAGAAAAUAUUGAACUUGCAAAGUCAUAUUUUGAGCAUGCAUCUAGAACCAAUCCGUCAUGCUGUCGCUCAUUAUAUGGAAUCAUACUAUGCUCUUUAAAUUUGUCAGCGAGAAGCAGUGGUCAGAAAAAAAAGGAGCUGACGCACUGUGGACUAAUAGCCAUUGAAAAGCUGAUGAAUUAUUAUGAAGAACCUUCAGCAGUUGAAAAUAAUCCAAACAUCGCCAUGGAGUUGGAGAUGAUAUUAGAUCUAAAGACACAAUUGCAAAGCUAG